CUAGAAUCUCGAAGCCCACCUACUCUGAUAUCAAGUUGAAAAUGACUUUUGUAGUAAGCUGCUUUGGAUGCAACCCGCUUAUCUUUUUGGCGCUAAAACGCGUUGCUGCCGCCGCUCUAUGGGGUUAUUAGACACCCCGUCGUUGUGUUCUUAAGCCUCAAGCAUCACCUUUCCUCCGUAUCCUCCGUAACCUUCACAUUCUUCGUGCUGAUUCUCAACGAUCUCAUAACAACCUCUAUAAUUAAAUAGGCAUGGACCAAGAACUCGCACCCUUCAUUCUAUUUACAGAACACCACGUGCGACCCGAAACUCCCCAUCUGAAGCUCGAGCUGGCACUCGGCAGUAAGCUAACAGAAGACUCUGGCUGCCAUGUGCUGGCGACAAUCCACCGUGCUGGCGACUCGCACGAAGAGCCGUGCAUUUUCAGAUGGGGCCGACACGACGCCACCGCGGCCUUCCUGCUCUUCCACCACACGCCAGAUGGCUUGCGCAAGAUCGAGAUAGCCAGCGAACCCCCUUCAGCGGCCGUGCAGGCGCCUCUUGUGGUGGAUGGGUGGGGUAUAUCGGUGCGGGAACUGGCGCCGGGAGGGAGGGUCCGUUCCAUGAUAACGCUGCCGAAAAGAUAUCGGACAGAGUUGGUGAGUGGUGAGAAGUACGAGUUGGUGUGGCCCGGUGGUGAGAUUGCCAUCUGGGACUGGGGCACCGAGAAGCAACACGCAGGCCGGGAGCUAGGUGUGAAGUCGCCAAAGAUAUGCCUCCCAGCUGCGCGAGCCACUCUUGAAUUUAACAAGUUCGGCCAGGCAACGGAGGGGCGAGGCAGUCCUCCCCCGAUCUCAGCAUCAGAGAGAAUCCCAGGGGCGCCAAUAAUGAGCGUCAUGCUCGAAUGCAACAAGAACGUUCCUCAAGCUGGCGUAGCAGAUGUGAAAAUCAGCGUGGUAUAUGAAGCUCCAGCUGGGAGCCCGGCUAUAACUUUUCAUAGCUUGCCUUUCCAGUCAUGGUACGGUCCUCGCGAGGGUUACAGGCUAUACCGUCGCCGCGCAAACGCAUGGGAGUCCAUCGAGGACGAUACCACCGGCUUUAUGAUCGUCGACGAUCCUGAUGUUAGUAUUCAUGUGAGCCAGCAUGAGGAUUUUGCAAGCCUUCAGCCUGGACAGACGUGGACUUCAUCGGAUCGGCUGCAAGGCCAGGGAUUAGGAGCCCUGCCUGAUGAUAUGAACGUUGGCGAUGUAUUCCGCUACGUAUUCAAGGGCGUCGAAUUGGACUGGUGGGACUGGGGAGACAGCUCAGAUCAUGCAGAGACCAUCGUCAAGCUUCCCUGUUUCAUUAAAGGACGAGUAGUCGACCCUAAGGAUAAUGGUGGAAGGCCAAAGCUCAAAGUACCAGCUUCAAAUUCUAUCGAAUUUACAAUAGUAUAAGAAAUGCAAUUGUCCAAA